UGCAACAUCGAACAGGGCGACACAUACAACACGCGAGAGACGUGGAAUGACUUUCCGGCUGCCUGUUUGUGCUUUUAUAAUUAUUUGACGUGUUUCAUUAGUGCAUCAGUAGUUAAAAUUAUUAGAUUUUAAUUGAAAAAAUUCCGGAAAUUAAAUAUUAAUCAAAUAGCCAUUAGUUUUGAGUGGAACAGCCGCUGAACAACUGCGGCUGACAUAUCAGAGUGGAAUAGAACGACAUGCUGCGGGUGGCGAGAGUAUCAGACAUAUACGGACAAAUACAACGACAUCGUACACUGCUGCACGCGCGAAUUUCUGUUCAUUCAAGAAUAUUCUAAUUGCGUAUAUUGUGCUUCAACAAACAGCACUGUUGUAACAUUAAAAAUAAAAUUAUCAAAGUUUCAAGUGUGUUAUGAGCUUCAGUAGUAACAAAGAAGACUAUCUUCCAGUGUUUUGCAUUUUUAACGAGAGUGAAAGGUAAAGGUGGAGUUGAUAAAUCAUCUAAGAAACAGAGGACAGUCGCGUUAUCAUAAAAUUACAAAAUGCUCAAGUUCAUCAGAGGAAAAGGUCAGCAGCCAACAGCUGAACGCCAAAAAUUGCAAAAGGAUCUCUUUGCAUUUAGAAAGACUGUUCAGCAUGGUUUCCCAAAUAAACCAACAGCUCUUGCUUGGGAUCCAAGUCUACGGUUGAUGAUUAUCGGAACAGCAUCUGGAGCUAUCAAAGUUUUUGGAAGACCUGGAGUCGAAUUCUACGGUCAACAUGCUACAGAAAGUGGUGAAAAUGCAGUCACUAAAAUUAUUCCAUUGCCAAAUGAGGGUCGACUGGUUUCUCUGUGCGAUGAUAAUUCUCUACACUUGUGGGAAAUUAAUGAAAAUUCUGUCGUCGAAACUAAAUCACUUUCGUUGGAGGGUAAACUGAAGAAAAUAUCUGCCAUGUGUCUGGAAUCAACUGGUGAACACUUGUUACUUGGUACAGAAGGUGGAAACAUAUAUCUUCUCAAUGUAAAAACGUUUACUAUGUCUGAUAAUAUUAUAUACCAAGACGUCGUUAUGCAAAAUGUUCCUGAAGAUUAUAAGAAAAAUCCUGGUGCUGUAGAAGCUAUUGCAGAACAACCUGGACAUCCUGAUAGCAUUUUGAUUGGUUACAAUCGAGGAUUGAUGGUGUUAUGGAAUAAAGCCACACCUGGAGCUCAACAGCUGAUGGGUUUAUUUUCGCGUGCACAGACAUUCGUUUCUGCACAACAACUAGAAUCAGUCCACUGGGUGUCGGAAAACAAAUUUGUUUCAUCACAUAAUGAUGGAUCUUAUACAUUUUGGAGCCCGGGAAGUGAUGUUACAUCAGAGCCGACAACACUUUAUGGUCCAUUCCCGUGCAAAGCAGUAACCAAAAUUCUAGUAUAUGCUACGUCAGAUGAUGAUGAGAUUAUUUUAUUCUCGGGUGGAAUGCCACGUUCGAGCUACGGAGAUCGUCACACUAUUACAGCAAUGACAAAAACGAAACAUGUUGUCUUCGACUUGACUUCCAAGGUGAUCGACUUCUUUGUGAUUAUGCCGAAGAUUGAUGAAGACAACAAAGAAUCAUUAAAAUCUCCAGAAGCAUUAAUAAUACUUGCGGAAGAAGAAGUUAUUGCUAUUGAUCUUACCGAUCCCGAUUGGAAAAUGAUGGCAUUACCAUACCUUGUUUCCCUUCAUGCCAGCGCUGUAACUUGUUCUCAACAUGUUCCAAACAUUUCGAAUGAACUAUGGGAUUCUAUCGUAUCAGCAGGCAAAUCUCAAACAGAGCAUUUGUAUUCUAAUAAAGAAUGGCCAAUUGAUGGUGGUUUACUUCUUUGUCAAAAGCCUACAAAUGAAAAUUCAAAAUAUAAGGAACUAUUUUUAACUGGCCAUGAGGAUGGAACUAUUAGAUUUUGGAACGCUUCAGAUGUAGCUCUUACACCAUUGUAUAAAUAUAACUCUUCACUUAUUUUCACUGGUGAGCAUCUUGAUGUGCUUGAACAACCACAAGAAGAUGAAGAAGAUGAGUGGCCACCUUUUAGAAAAGUUGGUACUUUCGAUCCUUACUCUGAUGAUCCACGUCUUGCAGUAAAAAAAGUCAUGCUCUGCCCACUUACUUCAACCCUUGUUGUUGCCGGUACUGCUGGUCAUAUAAUUACAGCAAAUAUUUCUGCUGAAAGCGUAACGAAAGAAAUAAAAGCUGUUACAAUGAAUAUUGUAAAUGACAGAGAUGGUUUUGUAUGGAAAGGACAUGAUCAUUUACCAGUAAGAACAGCAUCAAUUACAUUUGCUGUUGGAUUUCAACCUCAAAGUUUACUUCAACUUUAUCCUCCAGCUGCAGUUACCGCUUUAGCUAUUCACAGUGAAUGGGGAUUAAUAGCUGCAGGCACAGCUCAUGGUCUUGCAGUAUUUGAUUAUAUAAGAAAUAAAGCUGUGAGUGUUAAAUGUACAUUAAAUCCCAAUGAUUUAUCUGGCUCAGGUGAUACACCAAUAUCUCGAAGGAAAUCCUUUAAAAAAUCAUUGAGAGAAUCUUUUAGAAGACUUAGAAAAGGUAGAUCACAACGUCGACCAAAUGCUAAUACCAGUCCAACAAGAAAUACUAUUACAGCUGAAAAAAAGAAAGAAAUAUCGUCUGUAGCAGCUUCUCCCAGUGCGGAUAUGUCUCCUGUGGAUAUAAAACCAGUCGAACGACAAGUAGAAGCGCGUCCAGUUGAUGAUGCUUUAGGUUCAAUGGUAAGGAGUCUUUAUUUCGCGCGUAGUUUUAUAAUCAGUAUGCAGAAUACGACGCCUACUCUUUGGGCAGGUACCAAUAACGGUACAGUGUACGUUUUUACACUCGCUAUUCCUGCUGGAGUGAGGCGGAACGAAGAAGAUGUAAAUUGUACACUCGGAAAAGAGAUACAAUUGAAGCAUCGUGCUCCCGUAAUUGCAAUAACAAUACUCGAUGGUUCGAAUGUUCCAUUACCGGAACCAUUUGAGGCGGAGAAGGGCGUGACUACGGGACCGGAUAUGACCGCGCCUCAUAGGGUUGUAAUUGCCAGUGAAGAACAAUUUAAGAUAUUCAAUCUUCCAUCAUUGAAGCCCUUCUGCAAAUAUAAACUCACCGCUCAUGAAGGAUCGAGAGUACGAAAAACUGGUUUUGCCAAGUUUACAUGUCCCAUAGAACCAUCUGGUACCCAUGAAGAAACAUGUCUGUUGUGUCUUACAAAUCUUGGAGACUGUCUCGUUCUGGGAAUUCCAGAACUUAGGAGACAACUUAAUGCUGCCGCCAUCAAAAGAGAAGAUAUUAAUGGCAUUUCAUCGUUAACAUUCACAAAAGGAGGUGAAGCUCUGUAUCUCCAUUCCAGUUCAGAACUCCAACGCAUUUCUUUAUCAGCGACAAAAGUUACAAAAGCGCACUGUGCCUUAAAUUUACCACCAAAUGCUCGUUCAGCACCGGAACCACCACCGACUGAAGAAGUUCAAGAGGAGACGACUACUGAAACGAUUUCUAAAAAAGAAACAGAAACGCAAGAUAAUGAAGCUUCUCCUUCCACUAAAGUUAUUGUAGAAAAUGGUAUUGCAGAAUCAACAGGUAGCGGUGAAACAUCUAAGAAUUCAACUCUUCGACCAACAGCAAGCAAUACUGAUGUUAAUGGCGAAGAAGAUCGUCAAGACAUAAGUUCUAUUGGUGAUAUAACAAUAGACAGCGUUAAGGAUCAUUUACUUAACAGUUCGCUUUUCAGAAAUGCUACAUCUUCAGAGGAUCUACAUAAUCGACUUGCAGGACUGAAAAUGGAAGUAACGUCUCGUACAUCUGAGAUAUCAACGCAAAAUCAAUCACUAGUGGUUAAAACAACGACUAUAAUUUCACAGACUUCAAGCAACGGCACUGCCAACGGUGAGGUUGAAACGAACCAGACAAGUGAAUCCCAACAAGUUAAUAGCACUACAGUAGAACGAGAAAUAAAUUCUGGUACUGAAACCACAACAACACAUGCUACUAUCACACUACCACCAGAUGUUGAGAUUAGUGCUGCAGAUCUUGCAAAUUUGGAAGUUCAGACAAUCACAAUCACCACUGAAAAAACGAAAACUCCGAUGACAAGACCUGAAGAAGUUAGCUCUUAAAAUUGCUUCCAAUAUUAUUAAAAAUUUAUUUUCUAACAACGGUGCGAUCAUGCAUGCACGAAAUGAGAAUCAAAGCAAAAAAGCUUUGGUUAUUGAAAUUUUUUAAAAUGAUAAACGAAAGUGUACACAGCAAUGAUAGAUAGAAUUUAUACACCAAUAGAGUUUAUUUAAAAGAAAAUCUAGAUUUUUACUCCACAAUAAUAAUAUACUUAUAAGCAAUGGUACGAAAAAUUUGAAAACUUAAGACAAGAUGAAAAUUUUUUUAAUGAAAAAAACAAAUGUUUUAGAACUACACUGACCAAGUUUUUUAUGCAUUUUAUAUCAAUGCAAUAAAUACAGAAAUUUGUCGAUAUGAUGAAUAACACUAAACUAGACUUUUUGCAGAAUCAAUGAGUGAAAUUCAAUUAUCGGCCUAGAUAGACUUUGUAUUGCAUUUAUUGACGAUAAAAAAUACUUGAGAGAGAAAUUGAAAAAAAACCAGUACAUUAUAAAUCAGUAUUUCAAGUUAAGAGCAGCUCACGAUGCUUCAAUUUAUAAUUGAAUUUUUUUUAUAUAAAUUGCUAUUGUUGUAAAACAUUAAUUUUAUUAUGUUCUAAAAUAAUUAUAAAAUCAAGUAAAAAUUAAAAUUAAAAUGCCACGGAAUUAACUAUAAACAAAAGAUAAAAUUAAAAAUAUGUAUAUUUUUUAUUAAUAUUACAUAAUUAUAAGUUAUUAUGUCUUUUUCAUAGCUCGUGACUGUAUCUAUUAAAACAAAAAGUGACACUUUAUUUUUUAACAUUACUAAUAUUAAUUAAAUUUAUAUCUUAUUUCACCUAUUUUUUAUUAUAUAAAAAAAUAAAUGUAGACAAAUUACAUUUUUAUGUUAAGAUUACUGAAAAUUUGUAAUCAUUUAAGGGUUACAAUGGGAUACAAUUGUAUACUCUUCAAGGAUUGUUUUAAACUAUGACUAUAUGUUUUUUACGACGUUUUUUUUUAAUUUUAGGUUCUAAUUAAAAAUUUUAAUUUGUCCAUUUUAUUAAUUGUUUGAUUGGGGCCUUUGUAGAUAUAUAUUUUUACCGAUUCUACAUUUGUUAGCCGAUGAAAAAAAAUUAUUCUAAUAUCUUAUUUUUAAAAAAAUUCAGUUACCGAAAUGAAAAAAAAAAUUUAUGUUACUAUAACUCAAUGAGGUCCCGAAUUUUGUAAUUGAACAUGUGUAUGAUAUCGGUAAAUAAUAAUUGCCAUAGAAUAAUGGUAUCGAAAAUUGCAACAAUAAAUAAAAAGUUAAUAUUAAAUUAUUCUCGUAUAUAUUA